ACGUGUACGCCUGCGCGACGCGUAACCUCCUGUCAACGUCGUCGUCGUCCCCGACGUCGCCGUCGUCGGCUCGGCUCGGCUGCCGAGCCUCGGCAGCGUUCGGUACCGCUCGACUCUCACGGGAGCCAGAGCCGGUGAUCGCCCAGGCUCGGCCAUCGACGGCUACCGAGUGCGAGAGCGAGCCCGGAGUGGUGCGAUCGUCGUCAAGCAGGGGAGGAAAGAUGGCUGCCGCGGCGAACAUUGCGCCGGAGAAUCAGUAUUUCUACGAGGAUGUCGUCUAUCGCGUGGACAAACGGGGUAACGUUGUCUUCGGGAUCGUCAUGGAGAAUGACGACCUGGACAUGUCCGAGGAGAACAGCGACAGCGAGGAGAGCCUCCUGAAGCGCAAAAAGGGCGAGAUUCGAAUGAUCUGGCAUCCGUCCGGUGUCGAGGAGUUGGUCAACUGUAAAAAGGUUCAUUUGGCUGAUAGAACACUCAUGCCUGGAGAUGUAGUACGUAGAAUGAUCAAGGGAAAAGACACACAAAGAGGCUACUGCAGAGAUAUAGAGUUGACAGCCUGUGUACAAGUCAUUGGUACCAAACAGGUUCUUACUAAUAUCAAGAGUGAAGAUCUGAUUCCCUUGCAGGAAUUCGAGACAGAUAUGGCAGUUUGCAUGGAUUCCUGGGUUGGUGGUAUAAGAAUGACACACUUCAAAUUAUGGCUAGUUACACCAGAUGGAUCUCACUGUGUCAUAAACGAGAUGGAUUCCUGUGUAUUGGGACAAUUGGAAGAGACUCGUGAUAAUGACAAUGAUUUUCCACACUCAAACGAGUUUUAUCCUGGCCAAAGUCUAUGGGGACCGGUUCACUGUCUAGAAGAAGCACAAUGGAUUCAAUGCACAAAGGAGAUGAAAGCAAAGAGGAAAUUGAAGCCACAGAAAAUAACCAAAGUGAUCGUGGAAAAAGUGGAGACUGAUUGGGUAGGCGUCCAUUGGCAGUGCCGGGCAUUCUCAAAAGAUGGUGCCUGGUCCGAUCAGGCUCAGCCGAAGUUUGUGGUUGAAGGUGAAGAUCUGAAGAAGCUAAAAUUGUUAAAUGUGUUCGAACCUUCAACGGUACAGGUUGGCAAUCGUAAUUUCUACAUCAUUAAAGGCAACGAAAAUGUUAUUACUCGUGAGCAGUGGCUGAAACAGCAAAGGGAUAUUUAUCAAGUUCCUAAGCAAAGUCCAAAAAAGACGCGUGUGAAAAUGGCAGUGACAAAGUUGCUAGAAGACAAGAAAGAGCAGAAAAAGGAUAAAUCAUGUGAUCAGCGAUCGGACGAAAACAAUCAAAAUAAUGGCGUUCCUUCGCAUGAUACUACAAGCAGUAACACUUUGAUGCCACCGCCUCAAAAUCAACAUCCUGAAAGCUCGGAUGAAUGGGACACCGAGGAUACUACGGGUUCGCAAAGUGAUACUACUUCGAUCUCUAGCGGCUGUUCCAGCAUGUUAUCAAUAGGAAAGAAAAAGAAAGGUCCUGCAUUGAUGACGAAAGUGCUGAAGAAAAAAAAGUUACGAAAAGCAAAAAAGAAAGUACCACCUGUCCCAUUAAUUCCUGGGACUAAGAUAGUCGUAGAAACAUUGUCCACUAAUACGAAAGCUAAUGUGGUGUGGCAAGACGGCUCGGUAGAAUUUGGCAUACCGUCAACGCAAUUAUAUCCGAUUCAUCAUCUCGAUGACAAGGAGUUUUUCCCAGGUGAUUUUGUUGUAGAUCAAAAGGAAGAAUCUAGAAUGUAUGGCGUUGUACAAAGUGUUGAUCAUCAAGGUCGUACUGCCAAGAUAAAGUGGUUCCGAACAUAUACUUCCAGUCAAAAUCCAGAACCGAUCUUUCUGGAGGAGCGCGAAGUGAGUGUUUACGACUUGAAAGAUCAUCCAGAUUUUCAAUAUAGACCAGGAACCUUGGUGAUUCGGAUAGCAAAUUUUGAGGGUGAAGAUGCUGGAUGUACAGCUGGUCAAGUAUUAGAUAAUUAUCCAGAGGGCCGAGUAAAAGUAUGGUGGGUUGACGGUCACAUUAGCAUGUGUUGGCCACAGGAUCUAUACAAAGUUGGCGAAUACGAUAGCGAUGAAGGGGAACUAUGGGACGAUGUAUCAUCUGACUCAUCAUGGGAAACAGAACUAGAAGAUUGCUUCAUUGCUGAUAACGAUGGUACCGAGCAGACGGAAUUAGAUAAUAUAAAACCGAAAUUAGCAGCACACAUUGAGAAGGCCAGGAUCGCAAUGUCGAGAUUGGAAGAAAUUUUCACGCAAAACCCAUCCUUGCAAACAACUGAGGUGAUGAGGAAACUUCUCGAGGUCUACAAAGAUUGCCGUUACAUGGAUAAACUGAUGGGCACCGCAUUCUUUCACGAGUGCCACUUUCAAGGACUUCUCGAACGGGUGAGAGAACGCGGCAGAGCAAACGUUGCACAGCGCAUGGCGGAUCAAGUCACGAGACUCUUUACGCCUAAAUCUGAGUAUCCGGAAGAGUCGAUAGAUAAAGAUAAUUUGAAGAAUUCGAGCAGCAGCGACGAUCCAUGUACACUUAGUGUAAUGAAGAAACAAACAGCUACAAUUAUCAACGAAUCAGAGAAUGACAAUACUUCUAAUAUCGAAAGCAAUGUCGAAAAACAGAAUAGCGAGGAGACAGUUGAUCGAUUAUUCAUAUGCCCCAAUCCCAAUCCCGAAGAUUCCGGAUUAUAUUCGGCAGAAAAUUCGAAGAAGGAAUCAGGCUCGAGCGAAUCCAGCGGAGAAUUUCUCAUAAGCGAAGAUGUUAAUAACGUGCCGGAGUGUUCGUCUAUGAUAAAUGGUAUGACUACGCCCGAGAAGACCGAAGCGAACAAAGUGAAAAAAGUGCCGACGAGUCUAGCGACUACUCAAAGUAUUGGAACGUCACAAGUAUGCGUCAAACUUUGUAAUCUGAUAAAAGCGCAACUCGUAUUAGCGCAUGCCGAAGUGUCAAAGAGGUUCGGUUUGGGAAAGAUGUCACUAUCUGACGCGGAGAAGACCUCAUCUCCGCGGAAAAAGCAGAAGGACAAAGAGGAAGAACGAAUAGAAGUGAUAGCGGAUCCGUCCGAGUGUUCUAUCGAUAUUCCGCCGACAGUUUAUACCGAAGGCGAAGGCUUCUCCAUUGAGGAGACCGCGCCGGACAGCCACAAAUUCAAAUUGACCAUGUUCCAACCCACCGAAUUGACCAAUUUCUUCCGGACGGUCUCGAAGGAAUUGAAAUUACUGAAGAGCUCACUUCCACCAGGUGUCUGGGUGAAAGGAUUCGAGGACCGUAUAGAUCUGUACUCUGUGAUGCUCCGUGGUCCCGAGAAGACGCCCUAUGAAGACGGUCUCUUUCUUUUUGACUUUCAGUUGUCCGCCGACUAUCCGGCCGCGCCUCCUCUCUGCCACUAUAUCUCCUAUUGCAGCGAUCGGCUGAAUCCCAAUCUUUACGAAGACGGAAAGGUGUGCGUGAGUUUGCUGGGCACCUGGUCCGGUCGUGGUACGGAGAUGUGGACAAGCUCAUCAACUCUGUUGCAAGUAAUAGUAUCGAUACAGGGUCUGAUUCUCGUAAGCGAACCGUACUUUAAUGAGGCUGGCUUUGAAAAGCAAAAAGGCUCGCAGCAAGGACGCGAGAAUUCAAGGAUGUACAAUGAGAUGGUGGUGCUGAAGCUGGUGCAAGCCCAAACCAAACUGUUGCUACAUCCACCACCUGUAUUCAAGGAUAUAAUUAUUGCGCAUUUCAAAAAGCACGCUGAGAAGUUACUUCAAAGACUAGAACUGUGGAUGGAGAUAUCUGAGCAGCACAAUAAUCAACAUCCGCUAUCUCCAGUUACUCCCACCACGUUUAAAGAGAUUGCCGAUGUUGACGAAAAAGUAUUGCCUGAAUUCCCGCUCAUCCCAGCGUCUCGAGGUUUCUGCAUAACUCUUCACAAAACUCUGGCAACAUUUAGAGAAGUGCUCAUUAAAGAAAAUAUAAUACAGAGGCCGAGUGAAUGGCAGGACAAUGAAAACACCAUGGAGUUAACGAACAAUACGACAAAUCAGUGCCAAGAACCGUCUAAAUCUGUUGACAGUAAAGCAGCAGAAUGUAACGGGAGUAGUAGCAAUAGCAGCAGCAAUACGCAAGAAAAUAGCAAGAAGCUGAUUUUAAAUGGCAAUCAAUUCAUUAAGGAAGCAAUGUCAUCUUCCGCAACGAAUAGUUUCGCCGCGGUGCCGAGCGAAGCGAAAAAGAUUACUUCGAGCCAAAACACCAGCUAGCCACAAGGUAAAAAUAAAUAUAAGUCGAAACGCUUAGUCCGUUUAAAUUAUACGACUAUUCGGUAAUAAAAGGUAUAUAAAUAUAUUUAUUGGAAUGUAUAUAUAUAUGUAUACAGGAAUAUAUAUAUAUAUUCUCCAAUAACUUAUUGCAUACGGAAUUUUUUUUAAUCAUACAUACACAUGUACACACUUGCGAGAUGUAUCUACUGAUGAUAUUUAAUAACGAUGCGAUACGCCCUAAAAAAAAUUCCACAGUUGCUCUACAAUUAGAAGAAUGUUUCGAGAAUAAUCACGAAUAGCGACACUUAAAAGCGCGAUUAUAAAUGCAACUGCAAAUAGAGCGUGCGCACGCACGCACGCACAUAUACACGACACACGCGCGCGCACAUAUACACACACACACACACACACACAAUUUCGUAUACUAUCUAGAACGAACUGUAAAAUUGUCACGUUAAUAUUCGGCAUCGACGUAAAAAGAGAAAAAAAGUUACCUAUGUAAUACCGCUCUCGCAUUUAGUUCUGUACUUUUGAAGCAAAGAUAUUGCGUAUUGUUUGUGACAAAUAAGGAGGUAGCUUGAAUCUCAAUUUAGCGAACAAAAAAUAUAUAAAUAUAUAUAUAUAUGUAGCGUGGAGAUAUGAAUGAAAUUUACAAUUCUGUAAAAAAAAAGAGAAAAGAUAUGGCGGAGGAUAAAGACCAGUAGCAAUAUGCUGAAAUAAAGAAAAAAUGCAAUAGGAUUUCAAAGGGUAAUAAUAAUAUAUUAAUUCUGCGCAGCGCAUUUUCACGACUGCACCUUCAAUGAUGAUCAUUAUCAUAUAAAUAGGACAGUUAUACCUGUUAAGGUAUGUCCUGAAGAGUUAUUAUGCCAUCCAAGUAUUACGAAUAUUCUCAAGUGAAGCUAUGAAACAACUUUAAUUGCAGGCAUAUAAGGCAUAGCUUAGAAAACAUUCAUAUCUAGAUGAAAUCUCCGCGAUAGCUAUGUCCGUUGUUAUGAAUUUUCUUAGUAUAGUUUGUAAAGCAUAGAAAUUUAGAAAGAAAUUAUCUUUUAUCUUCCUUUGUCGAGAUUCUCCAUACAUUCGUCGGAGAUGGACUCUCCUUUCAUUCCUGUUAUUUUUCGAAGACCUGAUCUGAGUACAUUACUUAAGUAUGUCGAUAAUAAUAAAAAUCAUUAUUAUUACUUAAUAUGUUGAUAAGGUGCACUGUAAAUGGUAUACAUAUAUCUAUACAGUAUUAUUUAUUUAUUUCAUUUGGUGAUUUAUGCGUAAUAUAUUGGGCAAGAAAGUUGUUUCCUGCAAAAAUAUGUUUGUUAUAAUGCACAUAUAAACAGAUAGGAGAAUAAAAAAGAAUGGGAAAGAAAGUCCCAAAUAGAUUCAGUUUAGUCAUAGUGCAAGAGUGAUAAAUAUUUGUCAAGAAUUACUUUCCUUUUUAUCUCUUUCUUUUCUUCUUAUAAUCUUUUAGAUACAGAAAAAAACGUGUACUCGAAUUGAUCGCAAAAAUUCUCAAAACCUUUCAAUUUCCUACAUGUUUUUGCUUGUGAAAGUUAGAGAGAUGAAAGAUAGAAAGGAACGUUCUUCGAGAAGUUUACGGUGCUGACGAAUAAAUUAUUAGAAAAGACACAGAGAGAUGUCUUUGGUCCUUGUUAUGACCUGUAAAUGAAUAUAUACUAAUAGGGGCGGAAAAAAGGCGCGUAGUCGCCAAAACGUGAAACGGAGUUUGGAAUGCCUUGUAUACGUGCCAGUUAUAUUUAUAUUGAUUACAAUUAUAUGUCCACGAGUCGCAUUCGGAAUCUUAUUUCACGUCGGACGAGAAAAAAAAAAGAAAGAGAAACUUGUGAGAGAAAAGGGACCGCUUGAAUGUGCGAAUCAUUACGAUUGUGUAGAUCGAUGCUAACUAAAGCGUAAAACAUUCACGCAAAAAAAACAGGAUUCUAGUCUAAUAUAAAGUGCAUGCACGGGCGGAUUUUUAUUUAAUUUUAUUUAAUUUCUUUAUUUUUUAAUUUAUUCGAGAUUGUGUUCUUCCCGCCCCCCCUCUCUCCCCUAUCGCUCUUUCGUUCAUUGUCAUUUGUCAUGUGAAGUCCGCGUAUAUUAUUUUUCCAAAUUCAUAUUCAAGAGUGGUUUCUUCAGCGGAAUUAUCAUUUUACUUGUAAAAUUCAGAAGGCACACACUUGUUGUAAGCUCAACUCUUGUUAUUUCAUCGUACUCUGUAUCGAUCGUAAUUGCAAUAAUUCUGUAAUAAUUUGCUACAGAUGUAACUCAGUUUCCUUAAUUUGGAUGAAUAAAGAUCAUUAUAGGAUGAACGGAUUAUG